GAACUUGUCUUCCUACAUAUUGAGGGCAGAUUUAUUGUAUCAAACACAACAUAGAUAAUAAAAUUCCUUUCUCUCCUUUUGCAUUACACGCACGAUCUCACAUGGUAUCAGAGCAGAAUUAGCGCCAUGACUGAGAUACCCACGCCGGAAAAGCCACCCAAGAUGACGGCUGAUGAAGACGACGUGAAGGUAGUGAAACCAAGUCCAUAUGAUCUGAAAUCCGUGGACACCCCAGGCUUGCUGAUUACGCAGGUUAUCCGGAGUGGUGGGCAGAUAGACCUCGCAUGCAGGGAAGCGGCCGUGGAGGCAGUCGCGGUGGUGGCGUACAACCGGGCAGACGUGGCGGCAGAGGUGGCGUCACUGCCGGACGUGGCACUGGAAGCCGAGCAGCAGACCGAACGGACCAGACAAGAGAUAAACCAGCCGAGGGAACCUUCGCGGGUGGUUCGAAGCUAGUUCUACAAUGCUGGACUUAAUCUUAAAUAAAACUUUAUCAAAACCAGAAGCAAACCUUCAACAAUAAUCUUGACAAUUCAAAAGAAACACCUUCAAUUUGGGGACUAAAAACAGAAAACAAAAAGGAAAAAACUAAUUGUACCAAAGUUCAACAAAAAACUACAAAAAAUGAACACAAAAAAAAGAACAGUGGGGGUUUCGGAUGCAAGAUCCGAACCCCCUAGGGUUAUUACCCUUUGGUUUUAGCUCUGAUUUUCUUCUUGAUUGGUGGUGGUGAAGUUCUUCGCAGCCCUCCCUCAAUUUAUAGGUGCUCUUCGUCUCUUUCGUCUUCGAUUAGGACUUCCUUGUGCGCUGCAAUUCUUGCUGCGGAUUCUCCGGCUCCAGCUAUGCUUGAAGAG